UGCCAAUCGGUGCUGCGACGUCGAAAGGAGAGCCACAGAGCUGAAAACCGAUUGCUCGAGAUUCGCAGAGAGGGAUGUAGCUGGGCAGGAAGCGCACAGUACAGGACACUCACUAGACAUACUUCGUAGCUGUCAGAAUAUAGCUCAGUGUGUCAGUCACAUCAGAAAUAUUACUUCACGUCAUGGGAGAGAUCAUAUUUGAUCAUAUAAUCACACAGCCUGGAUGUUUUGUGUAACGGACACAAGAAGACGUGCCUGUAAAAGGAAUUAUUUAUGGUUUGGGAAGGUUUUAUGGGAGUAGCUAGCUAGCAACUUUGCUGGCUCGUCGGAGGACAUUUUGCAAGGAUGCUACGGUGGAUAAGGCAACAGCUGGGCUUUGACCCUCCCCAUCAAAGUGACACCAGAACGGUUUACAUCGCAAACCGCUUUCCCCAACAUGGCCAUUAUGUCCCUCAGCGGUUUGCAGACAACAGAAUCAUAUCAUCCAAGUACACCGUUUGGAAUUUUGUUCCCAAAAACCUGUUUGAACAGUUCAGAAGAAUAGCCAAUUUUUAUUUUCUCAUCAUAUUCCUGGUUCAGCUAAUGAUAGACACCCCCACUUCCCCUGUCACCAGCGGACUUCCUCUGUUCUUUGUCAUUACAGUAACUGCCAUCAAACAGGGCUAUGAGGACUGGCUGAGGCACAAGGCGGACAACGAGGUGAACGGGGCGCCUGUGUUUGUGGUGCGCAGUGGCAGCCUCGUGCAGACCCGCUCAAAGAACAUCCGAGUGGGGGACAUAGUCCGGGUGGCCAAAGAUGAGACGUUCCCAGUGGACCUGGUCCUCUUAUCAUCAGACCGAGCUGAGGGGACAUGUCACAUCACCACCACCAGCCUGGAUGGAGAGACUAAUCUAAAGACUCACUACUCUGUGCCGGAGACGUUGGUGUCUCAGUCGGUGUCCAGGCUGGAGGCACUACAUGCUGUGCUGGAGUGUCAGCAGCCAGAUGCAGAUCUGUACAGGUUUGUCGGGCGAAUAACAGUAACACAACAAGGAGAAGAGAUUGUAAGACCCCUUGGACCCGAAAACCUACUGCUUCGGGGAGCAAGACUAAAAAAUACCAAAGAAAUUUUUGGUGUGGCAGUUUACACUGGGAUGGAGUCCAAGAUGGCCCUGAACUACAAGUGCAAAUCCCAGAAGCGCUCUGCAGUAGAGAAGUCCAUGAACACCUUUCUGCUCAUAUACCUGGGCAUCCUGCUGUUUGAGGCGAUCCUCAGCACCAUCCUGAAGUACGCCUGGCAGGCUGAGAACAAAUGGGACGAGCCCUUCUACAACCAGAAGACGGAGCAGGAGAGAAACAGCAGCCAGAUCCUGAAGUUCAUCUCUGAUUUCCUGGCAUUUCUGGUCCUCUACAACUUCAUCAUCCCCAUCUCGCUCUACGUCACUGUGGAGAUGCAGAAGUUCUUGGGCUCGUUUUUCAUUGGCUGGGACUUGGACCUCUAUCACGAGGAGAGUGACCAGAUGGCUCAGGUCAACACAUCCGAUCUGAACGAGGAGCUGGGACAGGUAGAAUACGUAUUUACAGAUAAAACCGGCACCCUGACGGAGAACGAGAUGCUGUUCCGUGAAUGUUCAAUCAACGGUAUCAAAUAUCAGGAAAUCAAUGGAAAGCUUGUACCUGAGGGAAUGACGGAUGACUUGCCUGACCGAUCUGUGUCUCCUCUGAGUCGGGAGGAGUUGCUGUUCCUAAAGGCAGUGUCACUGUGCCACACAGUGCAGAUCAGCUACGAGCAGCCAGGCGACGGCCCGGGGGAUCCCUUCUCCCACGCUAAUGGCUUCUCCUCCCAGAUGGAGUACUAUGCCUCCUCGCCGGACGAGAAAGCACUGGUGGAAGCCACGAAAAGGAUGGGGGUAACCUUCAUUGGUAGCCACGGAGAAGCUAUGGAAAUAAAAACAUUUGGAAAGCCAGAAAAGUUUAAACUACUCCAUGUACUAGAGUUUGAUGCAAACAGAAGGAGAAUGAGUGUCAUAUUACAGACACCCACAGGGGAAAAAGUACUAUUUACAAAGGGAGCGGAGUCCGCUAUUCUUCCUUUUACUACAAGUGGAGAAAUCAACAAAACAAGAGUACAUGUAGAUGAAUUUGCCUUGAAGGGCCUGCGGACGUUGGUGGUGGCCUGCAGACACUUCAGUGUGGAGGAGUAUGAGGAGGUGGACCAGCGGCUCCACAAGGCCCGCACGGCCCUGCAGCAGAGAGAGGAGAGGCUGGCUGAAGUAUUUAGCUUCAUAGAGAAGGACCUGGAGCUGCUGGGAGCCACUGGGGUGGAAGACAAGCUGCAGGAGAAGGUCCAGGAGACCAUUGAGGCGCUGCGCCUGGCUGGGAUCAAGGUGUGGGUGCUGACCGGGGACAAGCACGAGACAGCGGUCAGUGUCAGCCUCUCCUGCGGCCACUUCCACCGCACCAUGAACAUCCUGGAGCUGGUGCAGCAGAAGUCUGACAACGAGUGUGCCGAGCAGCUCCGACAACUGGCAAGGAGGAUCAAAGAGGACCAUGUGAUCCAACAUGGCCUGGUGGUGGACGGGGCCAGCCUGUCUCUGGCACUGCGGGGGCAUGAGAAGCUCUUCAUGGAGGUGUGCAAGAACUGCUCUGCCGUGCUGUGCUGCCGGAUGGCGCCCCUGCAGAAGGCCAAGGUGGUGAGAUUGCUGAAAACCUCUCCAGAGAAACCCAUCACUUUAGCCAUUGGGGAUGGAGCCAAUGAUGUCAGCAUGAUUCAAGAAGCCCAUGUUGGCAUAGGAAUCAUGGGCAAGGAGGGGAGACAAGCAGUACAAAACAGUGACUAUGCAAUAGCAAGGUUUAAAUUCCUUUCCAAAUUGCUGCUUGUCCAUGGCCACUUCUACUACAUUAGAAUAGCAACCCUUGUACAGUACUUUUUUUACAAGAAUGUGUGCUUUAUUACGCCCCAGUUUUUAUACCAGUUCUUCUGUCUGUUUUCACAACAAACUCUGUAUGACAGCGUCUACCUGACACUCUACAACAUCUGUUUCACCUCCCUGCCCAUACUGGUGUACAGCCUGUUUGAGCAACUGGUCCAUCCUCAUGUGCUGCAGAGUAAGCCAGUGCUCUACAGAGACAUCAGCAAGAACUCUCUCCUCUCCUUCAAGACCUUUUUGUACUGGACACUGCUGGGCUUCUGCCACGCAUUUGCCUUCUUCUUUGGUUCCUACAUCCUGAUGGGGGAGGACACGUCUCUCAUGGGGAAUGGACAGAUGUUUGGAAACUGGACAUUUGGCACUUUGGUAUUCACAGUAAUGGUCAUCACUGUUACACUGAAGCUGGCCUUGGAGACCCACUUCUGGACGUGGAUGAAUCACUUUGUUACCUGGGGCUCCAUCGCUUUCUACUUCAUCUUCUCCCUUUUUUAUGGGGGAAUCAUCUGGCCUUUCCUCCACACCCAGGACAUGUACUUUGUCUUCGUCCAGUUGCUGUCCAGCGGCUCUGCCUGGUUCGCAAUCAUCAUCAUCAUCAUCACCUGCCUUUUCCCUGACAUCAUCAAGAAGGUGUUCUACAGGCACCUCCAGCCCACCAGCACCCAGAAGUCUCAGAUGGAAGAGGAUAAGAGUUCAGUCAGCUCAGAAUAUGACUCUGCUGAAAGCUGGAGCCGAGGGGAGGACAAUUGGCAACUGCUAGCUGCUUCUCCUCCCCCCGCCCAAGGCCCAGCCCUAUGCUCCCCUAGCUUAUUGAGACCAACUACCAGGGCAUCGGCUGCGUGGACUCCAUGUGCUGCUACUCUGAGGGGGAGAAUGGGUGCACCCGGCUGGGCCGGAUGGUGGAGCAAGUAAUGGGCCGCUGCGACCCUGCCUGCGCUAACAGAUCGAGGAGCAACUCGGACCCCUUCUAUUCCAACGACCGGAGCAUCUUGACACUCUCCCCCAUGGAGGCCACUCAUUGCUAAGGUAGCAGAGAGCAGUUGUCCCGCCAGGUGCCCCGUCCCGCCCUGCCCCAUGGCCAAACAGAGGGACUACUCACUGCACGGCCCAGGGCUGACCACCUCAGUGGACAGUCAGACUAUAUCUCAAGAGAAGAACGUUGAAAGCCAUGAGGCUCUGCACCACCACUUUCAGAGAUGCUGCAUUUGCCUCUGUUCUGUUCCUGUAAAUAAUAAAAGGGAAUCAGACCAAAGAAUGAUUUGUCAGACUUAAGUGAAAAAAAAGCAUGGUCUACUACUUUGCGCCUGUAGGUUAGUGCUGCUCCUGCUUCACCACCUGACUAUCUGAAAGGUCUGCUGCCUUUCCUGAGGAAAUUAGGUGGACCUUUUUAAAGCCAUACCUUCCAUUUUUACUACCUGUUUUUCAAGGUAUGAAAAUGUGAAAGCAGUUUGGUCAGGUCUCUGCUAUUUAAAAAAAUAAAUACAUAAAAUACAAAAAAUCCCUGAAAUGCCUUUUCUGCUCAGAUUUGUUAGCGUUGUUUGUUCCGAAAUGUCGACAGGAGAAUGUCCGUAUAAUAGCUUCCUACGAGAGAUGUGUUGUUCCACCAAUACAGUGCCUUUUGAGAAGUGUAACUUGGUCCCCCAAAAAAUUGUCACCUAAUUUUAAAAUUUGUCAUAAAAAGCACAUGUUCAACUUAAUAAAAUAAACUUUUUCCCAUCAAGAGGUUAAAUAAAGAAAUUACUAUAGUAAGUGCCAAAUAAAGUAUCGGGGGAGGGCAAUUGAAUGCAGGCUUCACACAGUGGGGCAAAAAAGUAUUUAGUCAGCCUCCAAUUGUGCAAGUUCUCCCACUUAAAAAGAUGAGGCCUGUAAUUUAUCAUAGGUAAACUUCAACUAUGACAGACAAAAUGAGAAAGAAAAUCGUAGGAUUUUAGUAGUUUUUUAUUUUUUUAUUUUUAUGAAUUUAUUUGCAAAUUAUGGUGGAAAAAUAAGUAUUUGGACAAUAACAAAAGUUAUCUCAAUACUUUGUUAUAUACCCUUUGUUGGCAAUGACAGAGGUCAAACGUUUUCUGUAAGUCUUCACAAGGUUUUCACACACUGUUGCUGGUAUUUUGGCCCAUUCCUCCAUGCAGAUCUCCUCUAGAGCAGUGAUGUUUUGGGGCUGUUGCUGGGCAACACGGACUUUCAACUCCCUCCAAAGAUUUUCUAUGGGGUUGAGAUCUGGAGACUGGCUAGGCCACUCCAGGACCUUGAAAUGCUUCUUAUGAAGCCAUUCCUUCAUUGCCCGGGCGGUGUGUUUGGAAUCAUUGUCAUGCUGAACGACCCAGCCACGUUUAAUCUUCAAUGCCCUUGCUGAUGGUAGGCUUUGUUACUUUGGUCCCAGCUCUCUGCAGAUCAUUCACUAGGUCCCCCCCGUGUGGUUCUGGGAUUUUUGCUCACUCAUCAUCUUGCGUGGAGCCCCAGAUCGAGGGAGAUUAUCAGUGGUCUUGUAUGUCUUCCAUUUCCUAAUAAUUGCUCCCACAGUUGAUUUCUUCAAACCAAGCUGCUUACCUAUUGCAGAAUCAGUCUUCCCAGCCUGGUACAGGUCUACAAUGUUGUUUCUGGUGUCCUUUUGACAGCUCUUUGGUCUUGGCCAUAGUGGAGUUUGGAGUGUGACUGUUUGAGGUUGUGGACUGGUGUCUUUUUAUACUGAUAAGUUCAAACAGGUGCCAUUAAUACAGGUAAUGAGUGGAGGACAGAGGAAGUAACAGGUCUGUGAGAGCCAGAAAUCUUGUUUGUUGGUGACCAAAUACUUAUUUUCCACCAUAAUUUGCAAAUUCAUUGAAGUCCUACAAUGUGAUUUUCUUUCUUCUCAUUUUGUCUGUCAUAGUUGAAGUGUACCUAUGAUAAAUUACAGGCCUCAUCUUUUUAAGUGGGAGAACUUGCACAAUCAGUGGCUGACUAAAUACUUUUGCCCCACUGUAUGUACAUAAUUUUUUUUUUAAACAUUUCUAGCCUCUACAGAUAACAGGGUUGAUGUGUUAAUCUCAACACACUCAGUUUUCACCACAAAACACCAGAUAAUGGCCCCCCAAAAAUAAAGGAACAGUUUCACCAUAUUAAAGGGAAAAUCCACUCAAACUUUUUUAUUUUUUAUUUGAAUGAAUCACUGAUAACUUAAAAUAAAUGAUUUUCAGAAAUGCAAAGCAACUAAAUAAGUAGGGCUUUACAAUGGUAAAACUUGGAGAAAUAUUCAGGUUAAGUGGGUUAAAAUCAUCUUAGAGGGUGCAGAGGGAUUUUUUUAUUAAAAUCUGAUUUGAUUGAAUUUUCCAUGUGGUCUAUAUUAAAGGGCACUUCAUUUAAUAUUGGUGCACAAUUUCUACUUAGAAUAUCAAAGGGUCACAAAAGGUACUCUUUUCGUGGAACAACCCAGAUAUUAAAUAAUAGCUGCCAAGAUGACAUGAAAUAGCUUUCACAUCUAGUUGUUUUCAAAGCCACAUUGUUUUUGUUUGCCUUUCACUAAUCAUUGCCUAUCAUUUGAAUCAUGUUUUUAUUUAAUUUGUUAGUCUUUCCCCCCCCUCUUACUAACCACUUGUUAAUGUUUGUAUUUAUUUCCAUCAUAUUACUGGUAAUAGGGCAGGCGAGAGAACCUCACGGACUGAAUGCAACUGCUUUUGCUCCCUGUAUCCUGUAGCCUUUUAGCCCACAAUAAUGGAAAUGUCUGAGUCAAGAGGGUCAUUGAGACAACCAUUUUAAACUUGCUAACAAAGACAGUGACAUUUUGCACAUCACCAUACAAAUUUAUUCGAAUAUUGCCGAGAUACAUAAUCAUGGGAUUUUAUAUGGUUACUAUUUUUAGCCGUUACAUACCUCUCAGUAGCUUGAAAUGGGAGACACUUGUCCAAGAAGUCAGUGGAGCUUGAUAUUUAUUUGCAUGGUACCAAUAUUCGUAAUUAUAUCUGGCACUACUAUUGAUCAUAUGAUGGAUUGUACUUGUUUGCUACUCAGUUUUGAUAUAAAUGCAGCAUCUUGUUCAGAUUGUCACAUUUCAAUUUCAAUCAAUUUAUGAAGGCAAUAUGGAUACAUCUCUACAAGGACACUGAUGUGAAGUCAGCUGUUUGUUUCUCUUGAUCAUGUUCAUUGAAGAAAAAAGGUAUGUUAUUGUACUCCUGUCAGUGAAAUGGUUGAUGUUUAAAGCAAAUUCUAUUUAUGGAAUAAAUGUUUUUAAAAAGCA